AUGGCAGUUGACCGCAAGACAAAGACCUACCGGGUUACCAAACAAGCAGUUGCACCAAGGAAGAACUGGUCUGAAGCUAUUAAGCAAGGACUAGUACAGUCUCACCACGUCAAGCAUCCAUCACAACAUGGUGCAUGUGCUGAACUGUCCAGAUCAGCACACAACAUCGCUCUACAGGAGGCCCUCAAAUGUACCGAAUGUGAGAAUCUGCACAUCAACCGGCAUAUGAUGGAAGCAGAUAUCACCGCAAGAGCCUAUAUUGUCAGUGAAUACCCACCGUUCUUCUCCUGCGAAAGCGUCCAGGACGACAACAUCGACCCACUCGACACAUCUCCCCCUCCGAACAAGAACGCAACAUUUUGGGAUGACAUCACCCUAUCCCAGCAACAGAAAUACUACGAUGCAAUCGACACCCUCAUCAAGAAAGCUGAAAGAGAUUCAGGCAAACCAGCAGACGAAACAACCGUCCUCUUCGCUCACUACGAAGUAGACUUCCACAUUCGCCAACAUUACCUCCGCCCCCGAAGUCUCCUCACCCUCUGUCGCUCAAAAGAGGAUAUCAAGGACCUGAACUACUGGCAUUGGGAAAAUGCCGUUUCAGACGAGCUGGCUUCUGGGGUCAGCCCUGAAUACGGUGUGGGAUGGGUGCACGAGCCGAGCAAUUCCAUCGGCCACCAGAUCGAGGCUUGGGAGAAGGGUGCGCGCCUCCGGGAAGAGCAUCUCGCAGAAGUGAGGGAGCAGUGGGCGAAAAUUAUGGAGGAGAGACGGAAGCAGAGGUUGCGCAAGGUUACCUUUUUGUUCCAGGGGGUCCCUAUCAGGGAAUAUAGCUAUGAGUCCCCCUGUGAGCCUCCUCUGACGGAGGAAGAAAUCGUGUGUUCAGCGGCGCGUUUGGCGGGCUGGGUGUAA